AUGCGAAAAAAGCUGCUCAUCGUGGGGGCCGGAGCCUCAGGCCUUCCUUCAAUUCGGUCAGUUUCCUUCUUUUUCUACCAAAAGGCCACUUAAUGUUCAGACACUCUUUGUUUUACGAAAACAUCGAUGUUACCUGUAUGGAGGGUUCCGACGAGAUAGGGGGUUUAUGGAACUACAAACCAUACGACACGGAAUGUUUGUUUGUUUUCUCGUUGGGUACUUUUUCGUGAAGCGCGAUUCGCAGAAAAAUGGGUCGAAACAUUUAGUUUUGAGCCGCCUGUUUACCGAUAAAUAAACGACUUCUCUUCUCUACUAAAAUGAAUAAGAUAUGGAUACUUUAAUAUAUUUUAUGGAUUUUUUGGGUGUGAAAGUCUCGACUUUUUAUUUCGAGGAAGUCGAAAAAAUGAGCAUUCUGAGAAAUUAUUGGAUCUAUUAGACUUCGAGCGAGAAGAACGAACUGAAGACAGUAUGACUCCGCCAUAACUUGCUCUUUCUUUUGAGAAAUUUUGACUUGUCUGCUCUGUCACUGUGAAAACGGAAACUGCUUGUAGAAAUAAGCUCUGAUGAGAGAUCAAGAGGGAACAGAGAGACUUGACCAUCGAAGCCCCCACAAAAAUGGUUCUCACCAAGAACAUUUCGUGUAAAACUUCACUCUUCUGUGGUCGCUUUCAUUUCGAGGAUCCCACCUAGAGCACGAUCUCUAGGCUCCCGCACGAUAUCAGCUAGUACUUGUUCUCCGCAUAGUUGAUUAAAUCUGACUAAAAACGAAAUAAAUGAUUUGAUUGAUUUGAACAAAGUUUCACGUACAGUGUCGUCUGUGAUGAAGUCUACAGUGAUCAACACCUCGAAAGAAAUGACCGCCUACUCGGAUUUCCCUCCAGACCCGUCCAUGGCGAAUUUCAUGCAUAACACCGAAAUGUUCAGGUUUGCAAAUAGAACAGUUAGGAAUGUGCGAAAUCGGGGAAGCCUUUAAAGUGAUACUCAAUCAUUAAUUUCAAUCUGAAUUUUUGUGUUUCUCAAAAUCUCCUUUUGUUUCUUUCCGCAUUUGAAAAGAGGAAAUGAAUGGAUUUUUUUUUCUCUGAAAACAUUUUAACUGAAAAACCCAAUUGACUCUCCCAGAAAAUUCUAACGAGAAACUUUCUGUCUUGAGAAAUUUAAAAAUUGUUUACAGAUACCUAAAAAAUUACGCAGAAAAGUAUGAGCUCCGCCAAAAAAUCAAGUUCAAUCACAAAGUUUUGACAAUCUGUCGCCAUGAAGACUACAGGGCAACGGGGAGGUGGAAAGUCGAGUACAUGGAUGAGUGGGUUUUUUUUUUCUUUUUGCGCUUACAGCGGAAAUUUCUAACGAUAUCUCCUGAUGACGGGAGCUCGCUAUAAAGCCAUUUUAUGCAUAAACCGCAAGCGGUUUUUUUUUUUCAAAAUCGUUAGAUUAGCUCGAUUUUGGUUUUAAUAGAAAACUUCCGAUGUCCAAUUCUGAUUUCCAUAGAAAUCUAGAGCCCAAGUAAUGCAUAAUGUCCUAUAUGGUACAUACUUUCGAAGAUUGUAAGAAUUUCUCUUUAAAAACGGCGGUCUCCUAGACGAAAAGGGGAUACUUGAGGAAGAAGACGCGGCACUCGGAAGUGUUCGACGGAGUGCUGCUGUGCUCGGGCCACCAUUGUCUGCCUCAUCUGCCGCCGGCUUACUUCGGCCAGGAGAAGUUCCGCGGACGGGUCAUCCACUCCCACAGCUACAAAGACCACCGAGGCAAGUUUUCAUUUUCUUUCUGGGAGCAUUUUAGUUUCGAUUUGAAGAAAUAGAGUUGAGGAACGUAAACCCCUGCCCUUCUCGCGAUGGUGAAAUGUACUGGGUUCUUGGAAUCUUGCGUUUUUUUUUCUCGUUCGGGCCAAAACUGUAUUAAAUUGAAUAUGAAAAUCGGUUAGACAAGACUAAAAAAAAAUAAAAGCAGUGAGUCUGCAACAAUUUUCGAGUGCAAAACAUCUUUUGGAAUUUAGUUUACCUUUUUGAUAGUAAGCAUUGAAUCUUUAGGAUACGAAGACAAAGUGGUGGUCGUGGUUGGAAUCGGCAAUUCAGGCGGAGAUGUAGCUGUCGAACUGAGCAGAAUCGCCAAGCAGGUCUUGUGUUCUAAUCGGAAAAAAAAACUUGCAUUUUUCUGGACACAGGUCUACCUCGUUACUCGCCGUGGCGCAUGGGUCUUCAACCGCAUUUUCGACUACGGCGAGCCAGUUGAUCUGGCUUUGAGCAGGUCGAAACGCUUCCUACAUGGAGUUCAGAAAGAAAAAAUCUCACAAGAAGAUAUUUCAACGCUAAAUGAAACUAUGUAUUACCUGGAUUAUUACAAACUUUUGAACUUUUUCAUCAUGAAAUGGGAAAAGUGAAAGAAAAUUUCAGGAAAUAUCUGCUGGACUUACAGAAGUUUGCACCAGAAUCUAUUUCUAAUUGGACUAUUGAAAGAAAGUUGAACUAUCGUUUCGACCAUGAACGCUACGGCGUGAGACCCAAACAUCGCGUUUUGAGGUUCGGCUAAUUUUUUUCGAUACACAUUGCAUUUUUUCAGCGCACAUCCAACGGUUAACGACGAACUGCCCAAUAGAAUAGCUUGCGGAACCAUAAGAAUCAAGCCGAACAUUGUAAAGUUCACAGAAAACGGCAUCGUCUUUGAAGAUGGAACCAAAGUUGAGCAAGUAGAUGAGGUGCGAGUAUUUCUUCACUUCUGUCUUACGAGGGAAAUCCGAAAACCAGACAACUUUCUUGGAUUUCGCUGGCGAGGGACGUGAUUUUAUCAACCGUCUCUGAAUUUCUGGGAACUGAUGCUUGAAAAAAUAUCUCAACCCAAACAACACAUUUUCUUUUGUAUCAGGAAGUACAAGCUCUAGGACGUAUGUGAAAAAAGUUCUGCAAGUUUAGAUUAUUAAGAUCUUCAUCACGUACAUCAAAAUGGUUCUGGCCGAUUUCCAAAAAAAGCCAACCCUAAUUUUUUUUUUCACAAUCAGCUCUACUUUAAAAAUCAAAGUCGCUUACAGGUGGUCAUGUCGACAGGCUUUUCUUUCGAAUUCAGUGUUAUUGAGAACGGCAAAUUGAUUCCUGUAGCGGAAAAUGAGGUUUCCUUUUCGGUUGCAAUUAUUUAAAGCUGAAACGUUUAUUUGUUCAAAAACCAUACUUACAGGUUGAAUUGUACAAAUACAUGUUUCCCCUAGAAACGUCCGACCACAACAGCCUGGGCGUUAUUGGACUUGUACAGGUUUAGAAAAAAAACCGUUCCAAACGAAUUUUUUUUAAAUACUGCAGAAAAAAGUUGAGAAAUUGAUUAUGAAACAUGGAAGGAUGAAUAGAAUUUUGAUUUCAAACCCUUAGCCGUUUCGUACAGGACGCAAUAUUCCCAAAUUGAAGAAUUAGAAAUUUCUAUAAAUACUUCCCUUUCUAAAACAGAUUCCUAGUUUCCGACUUGGAAAUUAUCAACGAAUUCUCAAUUUUCAGCCGUAUGGAUCAAUUAUGCCGCUUUCCGAAAUGCAAGCUCGAGUUUUUCUCGAAACUUUUGCUGGCGGCGCUAAACUACCUCCUGUAACUGAAGUAAGCUUAAAAUGCUGCGUAAAAACCGACCAAGUACAUUCAGAUGAGAGAAGACGUGAAUCAAAAGAAGAAAGAGAUGAAACUCCGCUAUGUUGCAAGUAGAAGACACACGAUCCAGGCACUCUUUUUUUCAUUUUUAGAGAAAAAAAUUCUGAUUGAAAAAAAUGAAACUAUCGCUAGAAUGCGAAAAUGAAGGCAUCAAGCUGAACUGAAUCCGACCAUAGGAUAUGCUCACACUCUCUGUAUGCUUCUAGCUUUAAAUUUUAAAAAAGUUGAGAAGAUAGCCCGGAAAAUAAAAAAUAUUUCAAUAUUUAUUUUCUUUUUUUUCUGUUGAAAACAGUAGUUUCCCACAACUAGAAACGCUUUGAUGCGGCUUUCAAAAUGAUUACGGUGCGGGCGACUUCUAGACUGAAAAUCUUUUAUUUCCCUCUCGCAGCAUAAUUUUCAAACCUAACACUGGAAAAUUUAAAGUUGAGAAGAUAGCCCGGAACGUAGAGUUCAAACAAAACAAGUUUGAGGUCGAUUACGUGCCGUACAUCGAGGAACUAGCGGAAAUCGUUGGGUGUCAGGUCGACACUUUCAAACUACUUUUCAAAGAUCCAGUUCUUGCCGCUCAGGUUCGUUUUCAGUAAACAUUCGACCAUAAAUAUCCAUAGUCGUUUGGUCUUCAAGAAUUUGGCUUUUUCUACUCAAAUUUCCGUUAUUUAUUUUUUUUUCCUAUCAGGAGAUUAGAAAAAAAGAUGAAUUAGGAGUUGCAAUUCAGACAUACUUUGGACCUCGGGUGCCUUAUAUUUAUCGGAUCAACGGACCAAAUGCAUGGAAAGGCGCUCGACGAGCUAUCAUGGACGUCGAAUAUCGCGCCAGAAUGGUUUACCAUAUAUAUAAAUUUGCCUAGUUUUUGUAGUUUCUGAGUGCCAAUCGAAACAUUUCUUGAUCGAGAGACACUUUUUCUUUUCAGGCGACGGGUGCUAAAUUGGUCGUCAGCAACCCUGCGACCAACAUUUUAUACACAGUUUCUUCUUUUCUUGUUAUACUGGCCAUUUUUUACUUUUUAUUGUUCUAA